CGUCAGCGAGAGGGCGGGGUCUGCGGGCACCGCCUCUUCCUCCCUCCCUGCGCCGGAAGUGGAGGGGCGGGGCGAGGGUGAGGCUCCGCCUUCCGCCGCUCGGCGUCGUCGUCAUAGCGACGGCGGCUGCGCGGCGCUGAGUUGAUUCGGCUGCGUCUGUGCAGCUCUUCCACCACAGCUGCAAUGGGGUCUGCAAUUUCCCUCUCCGCUACCAGCGCUGCCUCGAGGCAGAGGAGGAAGGCUGACGACGAUGAUGAUGAUGACGAUGACUUACUCGAUAGCAGAGACCGCAAAGAGGACAUUGCCAAAUUUCCAUAUGUUGAAUUCACGGGUCAGGACAGCAUCACCUGCCCCACUUGCCAAGGCACUGGCUGCAUUCCCACAGAACAGGUAAAUGAGUUGGUGGCUUUGAUUCCCUACAGCGACCAGCGGCUUCGUCCACAGAGAACGAAGCUCUAUGUCCUGCUGUCGGUGCUGCUCUGCCUUCUGAUCUCAGGGCUGGUGGUUUUCUUCCUCUUUCCACACUCUGUCCUGGUGGAUGAUGGUGGCAUUAAAGUGGUUCAAGUCUGGUUCGACAGGAAGAACUCCGUUGUCCUUCUUGCCAUCACGGCCACUUUACGGAUCAGGAACUCCAACUUCUACUUGGUGACAGUGGACAGUCUGACCAGUCAAGUGCAGUACAUGAACACUGUGGUGGGAAGCCAGCAGAUCACCAACAUCUCCAGCAUCCAGCCACUAAGUGACAAGCUGGUGAAUUUCACAGUGAAGGCGGAGAUGGGAGGACCUUUCUCCUAUGUGUAUUUCUUUUGCACGUUUCCCAAGGUGAAGGUGCACAAUAUAGUCAUCUUCAUGAGGACGUCAGUGAAGCUCUCCUACAUGGGCCGCAGGACGCAGAGCGCUGUGGAAACGUACCACUACAUUGACUGCAGCACCAACUCCACGGCUGACCCCCCGCCUCUGCCAGCCCCCUCCACGCGCGGCGUGGCCCUGAGCAAGCCCUGAGCUCCUUGCUGCGGUGUUCUGGGGGCGGUGAUGGUGCAGAUGGAUCUCCCUGGUGAAAUAUGAAAUGUGUAGCUGUAGAAAAGACUAGGAACUCUCACAUGGAAGCAGAAGGACUGCGAGUGACUUUAGGAGAGACUUGAGGGCUCUGGGUCUCUUUUGUACUUUGCCACCUGCAGCUGGGCUGCACUGCUGGCCUGUCCUUGAAAUCCACUUGGUGUUGUUCAUGUGCAAGCCACCAGGUCCCUUCCAGAGCGAGAGGCCUGCCUUCCUCCUGAGUUCUUUAGCUGCUUUUUGUGUAGGGAAACCAGAGACUCGAGCUGUGUGCUUUGGGGUCCGAGGAUCUCAAAGGCUUGGAUUUGAGUUUUGCAGUUUAACACUGUGUUUGGUCCUUCCAGGGCAAACUAACUAGUUCUGUGCAAUUUAUCCCAAUUUUGUUCAGUGGCAGCCUGUCACCGGCAUCUUUCAGAGCAGAGCUUGAUAAGAAGGGAUAAUUCUUUGCCAGGAAUGUGCAGAUAAGGCAUUCGGGCUUUCACCUGUGUAACUUGCACUAGGAGGAGGAAAGAGAAUUGAAACCACUGAAAUGCUUUCUCCUUUGCUGCCUCCAGCGACCCGAUACCAAAAUACCAGUCUUAAUGAGGACAGCCUCAUUAAGCAGGGUGCUGUUGGGUGUGGGAAGGGUCCCUGUGGCUUUGACCCCCUGAUCUACGCGUGGCUCUGAGCUGCUGCUUGGGGCAUGUGGCAUUCAGCAGCUGUGAGUUCCCUGAUGCUUGAACCCAGGGAAGGUGUAGCUCAGUGCUGCUUUGUACUCGUGCCUGCUGCAAGCGAGCGCAGACUUGAACGGAUUUUGUGGAAGAUAGGGGGAGUUUUGUGUUUCAAAGGCUCACCUCGACGGAGCCAAUCGUUCCCAAAGGAUGGUAAAGCAAAUAAACCUGAUGUGAAAGCUCAGCCUGCUGCAGUUCUCCUGCAGCCUGCUUGCUAUGCUUGCGGCUUGGAGAACUUCAUUCUGCUUUUGCCCUUUCUAGUUUCUCAGGAACCACAUCUCUGCAGCCUCCCGUGUUUCCUCCAUGCACGCACUGUCCAUCCAUCUGCAUGUGGAAACACAGUGAACAAAGACUGCAAGGGAAGUGGGUCUUUGUUUGAUGAGGGAUGCUUUCUUUUGUGCAAGUGUGAAAUAAAAAUACCCUUUGUUUUUUAAGA